UGUAUAUAGAUGGCAGCGCAGCGGGAGCUACCUUGUAACCAGUGCACAGGAACAUCCACAGCUUUGCAGAAACUUGAAGGGUUUGCUAACCGACUUUUUCAUAGGCACUCGAAGGGUUCUUUACAAGAACAGAAAGUGGCUCUGGAAAAUGAGAGCCAUCAUUUCUCCGAACUUGCUGCCCUGUGGGACAGAUCAAUGAAAGAAUUCCUAGCCAAAGCCAAAGAAGAUUUCUUAAGAAAAUGGGAAAGCCCCCCUCAGAAUACUGCUGGCCUAGAUGACUUUGAGAGACAAAAAACCCUUGGAACAGGAUCAUUUGGGCGAGUUAUGUUGGUGAAAUAUAAAUCCACAGAACAGUAUUAUGCUAUGAAGAUACUGGAUAAACAGAAGGUUGUCAAACUGAAGCAAAUAGAACACACGCUGAAUGAAAAGAGAAUAUUGCAAGCAGUGAACUUUCCUUUCCUUGUGAGACUGGAGUAUUCUUUUAAGGACAAUUCUAAUUUAUACAUGAUUAUGGAAUAUGUCCCUGGUGGUGAAAUGUUCUCACAUCUAAGAAGAAUUGGAAGAUUCAGUGAACCACAUGCACGGUUUUAUGCAGCUCAGAUAGUGCUAACAUUUGAGUACCUCCAUUCACUAGACCUCAUCUACCGAGAUCUGAAGCCUGAAAAUCUUUUAAUUGACCAGCAAGGAUAUAUCCAGGUCACAGACUUCGGGUUUGCAAAAAGAGUAAAAGGAAGGACUUGGACGUUAUGUGGAACUCCAGAAUACUUGGCUCCUGAAAUAAUUCUCAGCAAGGGCUACAACAAAGCAGUGGACUGGUGGGCAUUAGGAGUGUUAAUCUAUGAAAUGGCCGCUGGAUAUCCUCCAUUCUUUGCAGAUCAACCAAUUCAAAUUUAUGAAAAGAUAGUUUCUGGAAAGGUACGGUUCCCAUCACACUUUAGUUCAGACCUGAAGGACCUACUAAGAAAUUUACUCCAGGUAGACUUGACCAAACGAUAUGGAAAUCUAAAGAAUGGUGUAAAUGACAUAAAGAACCACAAGUGGUUUGCUACAACAGAUUGGAUUGCCAUUUAUCAGAGAAAGGUAGAAGCUCCAUUUAUACCAAAGUGCAGAGGACCUGGAGAUACCAGCAACUUUGAUGACUAUGAAGAAGAAGAUAUUCGUGUGUCUCUAACAGAGAAAUGUGCAAAAGAAUUUGCUGAUUUUUAGUAUGUGUAAGAAGACAAGAUGACAUCAGGACUUACAUUGGGAUCUUUGCACUCUAUUAACUGAUGAGGUGAAGCUGAGACAGUCAUAUGUCAAAACAGUUACCUAGUUACUUCAUUCCACAAAGCUGACUGAGGUCUUUAUUGCCAUCUUCCAUGUGUGCAGUUUGCACCAACCCUUAUAACUAGGCACAAUUAAGCAAGCACUGUUUUGCUGUAUCACAGAAUACUAGACCACUUUCCUACUUAUCUUUGGUUUCUGUCGUUUCAUUUGAUUCUGUGUAAUGUUCAGUUCCCCCUUUUAAAAUGAAGUAGUUUUUUACCCAAGAAUGCUCCAUUUUAUUUUGAAUAAUGUAUUUAUGUGAGUGAAAUGGAAGGUGUUGCGGCUACUGUGAUUUAGACUGAAGUGAAAGAUAAGUGUUGCUUCUAGUCUGUGCCAGCCAAUACUUCUUGUCUGUCUUGUAUCUGAGACUACAGUUGAUUCUAUAUAUAUAUAUUUUUGGUAGCUCAGACUAAAUCUAGCCAACAUUUUUAGCAUUUUUGAAGGUAGUAUUUAUCGCCACAUAAGUCUAUACUAAAUUAACUUUAAAACAUUACUUCUUGGAGCUUGACCAAAAUUAGCAUAAAUUGGACAGCUUAAUUAGGGGACAGUAGCUAGACCCCGUGUCUUGGUUUUCUACAUACCUGCAGUUCUCUUCACUGCCUCCUUCCUUUGUAUUCCUCAGCUGGGCAGUAGGUAAAUAUGCCAUAACCUGACUGUGCCAUGGGAAGUACGCAAUCUCAUUGAGCAGGAACAGUUCCACCGGGUCCCAGACCAUAUUUAACCAAGUAAAUUACCAGCAUUUCAGUCGGUAGGUAUUAAAUGGGUUUUUAACACCAUAAACCCUAAACUCUUAAAAGAAGUUUUGGUCAGUAUUGUAACAGAAUAUGGCUAACUAAAAAAAAAGUCAAUGUUGUGUCUCCUAAAGUAUUCCUAGUGUAAUACCCUUUUUUUUAACUUAAGGCAUUGGUUUAAAAAACAAAAUCAAAAAGUGCUCUGCCAUUAGCUUUGAGGAAACAAGUGGGUUUAGCAAAUCCGAAGUAAUAUGGAUGCAUUGCUAGUUGAAUAUAGUUGUUUUGUUUUGUUAGCUGUUAAAAUAAAAGAGGUUAUUGCCAAGUUUUUAUUCUGGUAUACUAUAUUAGUAAACUGAGGAUGGAGAACUGCUAUGAUCAUUUGAUUUUUAAUUACAGUGCUUCAUUCAUGUGUAAAAGAGACAUAGUUAAAAACCGCCACAGUUGUUUUCUUAGUUACGUGGUGUCUUCAUUUCUAACCUACUUCCUUUCAAUGAAACAGAAUGUAUGAUCACACAGAUGUAAGAAUUUGGGCUUGUAUACUCUCACCAACUGACUUAAGAUACUGCUGCCAUGUACUAGCUUUUGGCACUUUUACACAUUUAUUUCAGUGUUUAUUAAUAAGCAGUCGCUCAGCACAUUAUUUUUUGCUUUUAAACUUAUCCAUACUAUUUUUAUUUGUACACUUGAUUCUGGAUAUCUCAGUGACCUGUCUUUAAAACAGCACAUCUAAACAGUUUAAAAUAAACUAGGCUCAUAUUUUAUGAUCAAUUUACAUGCAUACAAGGAUGACUCGUUUUUAUUAAAACUGAUCUAUAUUGAUACAUAGCUAUUGUAUUUGUUUGAAUGUCAGUGCAGAUGAACCAUUGACAUUACAUCCUUUUAAUCUGUAUGACACUCCUUUAAGAAAAGCCUUUGUAGACAUUUUACAAACCAGUAUGAGCUGUACCAUCCAACAUUCUGUAUGUCUUUAGGUUGUCAAGCAUUUUUGCACAACGUCAUUAGGAGGUUGACACUGAUUGCAGCCUUUGUCCACCCAUAUUUACAUAUGUACAAGAAAAGUAUAAGAUACUUUGCUGUAGCAAAUUUUAUGUAAUAAAAAUAUAUCAUCACA